CGGGAAAGUCCGCGUGACCUAUCAACGUUGACAGUUGAAUGCCGAGAAUUUGCUUCCUCGGCCGUCGAACAUCGCUAGCUAAUCUCACUUCUCUAUUCAUGGAGAUACUUUUUCUUCUUCUCCCUUCUGGAUUUCAUUGUUUUCAUAUUGCAUGCCUCUUGGAUGGCCUGUCUGAUCCAGAGUUCGCUGGAUCUCAGGGCAAGGAACAGCUGCUGCGAGAGUGGAGCAUACAUGCUAUGUACGGAGUACGGAGAUGCUUUGAAGGUUACGAUGUGAGGCUGACCCCGGAUCGCAACCCUGCUGCUCUCGGAAGUUUUUAUGAUGUGUGGUGAUCAAAUGAUCAGAUGAAGG